CAAAUGUAAUUAAAAUUAAAUUCUGUGAUAUAAACACUUCUUUCAGUACCUUACUAAUUUAUGCAACAAAAAAUUCAGCUUUUUACUCAUUUUCUUAUGUGUAAACAAUUUAUAACAAUAUUUUUUCUUCAUUUGUUUUUAUUGCAACUCUGAAGGUUUGAAGAGAUAUCAAAUCUCAUGACUGUUGUCAAUGUCUUUAGUAAUUGUUUUUUCUAUCAACUUUAUUGGCUACGUGCAUCGUCAUAAUUAGCAUAAUCAUCAUUUCAUUGAAGUCCUCUUAAAGUCAAAAAUCCUGUUUAAAACUACCGAUCUACCUUUUUAAAGACAACUGGGAAUCUUGUCAACCUGUCAUCAUGGUUCAUAGUCAUGACAUCCAUAAGGUCAACAUGUCAGCCUUAAGUGAAGAAGAAAGAAAUCACAUUCUAUUCCACGAGAAACACAGAGGUCAUGAAGGAAUGCACGCUAUGAUGUUAUUAGUCUUGAUUGUAGCCACCUUCUCUGUUCAAAUUGGUUUAAUAGCAUGGAAAAAGCGUAGCAUGAAAAGCUAUCAGAAUGUUUCUAUGUUUGCCAUGUGGCUAUUUCCAAUUGCUAUUUCUAUUCACAAUUCAUGGUGGAGAUUUGUUGGCAUAUGGGCCUCAUUAACUAUAUUGACGAUCGCAUUCAUUUGGAAACCCUUGGUUAAUAAUAAAUUGAGUGGAUCCACUCCACGUAUGAUAUAUAAAUGGUUCUACUAUUUAUACUCUAUUUCAUCAGUUUUAGCCGUUUCUGGCUACAUCAUUGUUAUGUGUACUUUUUUAGGUUUAAAUUUAAUGUUUGGGUUAAAGCCUCAAAUACCAUUGGACAUCGGUAUAAUGUUCUUAUUUUAUGGAAUAUAUUGGGGAGUAUUAACACGAGAUUUCACCGAUUUCUUGGUUGACAUAUUGACUGCCAAUAUUGGUUAUUACCAGUCUUCAUCAUCACUUCCCUCUAAACAAUUGAAAAGCUCAAUUUGUGCGAUUUGUGGCCGAAGUCAUGAUGGACUGAUUGAUGCUAUAGAUUCUUCACUUAGUUAUGAUGAAACUUCUGAGUCUGAAAGAUGUUUCACUCUCUCAUGCGGCCAUAAAUAUCACGAAUACUGUAUUUAUGGUUGGUGUCUUGUUGGUAAAAAACAAGUAUGUCCAUUUUGUCGUGAGAAAGUGGACACACAGAAACUAUUUUCUUCAUUACCAUUUCAAAAGCCACAUUAUUUAUAUGGUAAUUUAUUAGAUUUUAUUCGUUACCUUGUAGCGUGGCAGCCCUUAAUUCUUCUUGCAGUACAAGGUAUAAACUAUUUCCUCGGGCUUGAAUAAACAUAAUAUUGCAAGCCGUGUAACAGUCAGACUCCACAGUAAAUUUUGUACACAUAAAAAAUUGUUCAUACACCUGAGUACAAUAAGACAAAAAGACUUGUUUAAAAGGAGAGCAAUUCUGAAUAUA